CCUUCUACCCUUUCUUCCUCACUCUGUUCUCUUUCUCAGGUCAUUCAUAGAGUAGAGAAGAAGAGCAGCUCUUUGCAGCCAUGGCUCUGCUCACAGAUCUCAUCAACCUUAACCUCUCCGACUACACGGAGAAGAUCAUUGCUGAGUACAUAUGGGUUGGAGGCUCUGGUGAGGACAUCAGGAGCAAAGCCAGGACUCUCUCAGGUCCUGUGACUGAUCCCAGCCAGCUUCCAAACUGGAACUAUGAUGGCUCAAGCACUGGCCAAGCCCCUGGAGAGGACAGUGAAGUGAUUCUGUAUCCCCAAGCUAUUUUCAGGGAUCCCUUCAGGAAGGGCAACAACAUCCUUGUCAUGUGUGAUUGUUACACACCACAAGGAGAGCCAAUCCCUACCAACAAAAGACACAAUGCUGCCAAGAUAUUUAGCAACCCUGCUGUUGCUGCAGAAGAGACUUGGUUUGGGAUAGAGCAGGAGUACACUCUCCUCCAGAAGGAUGUCAAGUGGCCCAUUGGGUGGCCCAUUGGAGGCUACCCUGGUCCCCAGGGUCCUUACUACUGCUCUGCUGGUGCUGACAAAGCUUUUGGGAGAGACAUAGUCGAUGCCCACUACAAGGCCUGCCUUUAUGCAGGGAUCAACAUAAGUGGCAUCAAUGGAGAGGUCAUGCCAGGCCAGUGGGAGUUCCAAGUAGGUCCCUGCGUCGGCGUAUCAGCUGGUGAUCAGCUCUGGGUUGCUCGAUACGUACUCGAGAGGAUUACCGAGAUGGCCGGAGUGGUGCUUUCUUUGGAUCCAAAGCCGAUUCAGGGUGAUUGGAAUGGCGCAGGAGCUCACACAAAUUACAGUACCAAAUCCAUGAGGAGCGAUGGAGGGUAUGAAGUCAUCAAACAGGCGAUCGAGAAACUUGGCUGGAGGCACAAGGAGCACAUAGCUGCCUAUGGAGAAGGGAACGAGCGCCGCCUUACCGGGCGCCAUGAGACUGCUGAUAUCAAUACCUUCGUUUGGGGAGUUGCGAAUCGGGGAGCAUCGAUUCGAGUUGGCCGUGACACGGAGAAGUCCGGCAAAGGUUACUUCGAAGACCGAAGGCCGGCUUCCAACAUGGAUCCUUACGCUGUCACUUCCAUGAUUGCAGAGACCACCAUCCUCUGGAAACCAACUUAAUCAGCUGCUUCAUCUUUGCGCGUCUCUUGUCAUGUUAAGUGGGCUUCGUUCUGUCUUGCAUUGCAUGGGGAAUUCAGCAGCGUUUUCCGUCAGUACUCCGCGGGGAGAUCUGAAUCGAGUUAGCUAUACUUUUGAUUGGUUUUCCUGUCUUGUUUUGUCACUUGGGUUGCAGUUGUGGCAGCAAUAAAAGUACAUUGGCAGCACAAAA